AUGCAGUUCACUACUUCGUUCUUCCUUGCCCUGAUCGGCUCCUAUGUCUCGGCCGCACCAGCCGCUCCCUCAUGUUUCGUUCCCCAGAUCUAUUUUACCUCCCUUCCCGAGGCCUUCACCCUCUCCGUGCUUGUCCCGGGUUCCUCGACAUCGGCUAAUGAGGCCAGCUGGCCCCUUCAACUGUCACCACGCAAUCCCUCGGAGAGUGUUACCAGCAUCCCCAUCAUCAGCCGCACCAAGAUAGCCUCUCCGACCUUCAGGCUUGUUAACCAGACCCUGGUCACUGCUGAUGGUGGAUUCCCUGCCAUUCUAUCUCCUGGGAUUGCCAUCUUCCCGCCGCCUCCUCAGGGCUUUGAGUUUGGUGGGCCUGGAGAGACAGAAGCUCAGUUCGGCGCCAUUUAUUCUUGCGACAACAGGGGCCAGCAGUAUAUCAAGUUGGUACCAGAAUCAGCCCAAGGAUUCAUGCUUAACUCCGUAGCCGAGGGACAACGCGUCUACAUUAAGCCCCAACAAUUUGAAGGAAUGGCUGACUGGGUUUUCGUGGCGCAAAUAGGCAACGCAGUGGACGUGAACCUGAGAAUCAAUGGUGGCCAAUGA